AUGCAUGCUCACAACUCAGCUCGUCGAAACCCUAGUUGUAGGGAUGAUGAAUUAGCGAUGAGCAGCAAGGCGGCGACUGCGAUCUAUUGUGGUGGUCGGAGUCCAUUCCAUCGGCUUCGGUUACUAUGUAUCUGGUUGGAAUUAGCGGAGAAAGUGAAUGGUGUGGAGAGGGGCCCGGUGGUGGCCAAAAUCUGUGGCUGCGGGUUGUCUUCCUUGCUGGAAAGUCUCCACCUUCAUUGUGAGAGGGAGGGAAAAGGAGGCGAGAUGGUGAGGUUUUUUUUUCCAACAAUGGUGAAGGAACGGUGCUUUAUGGCCGCAUCGGGCUUAGUCCAAGAACAAACAACCAUCUCGGUCUCUUUCACUCUUCCAGUAUACCACCAUUUCAGUUCAGAGGGAAAGGAUUUCCCGUACCACUUCAAUGGGGAAAGUUGA